UUCUUCAAAUUGCUAUUUCUAUUGUUGGAAGAGCUUCAAGAGCAUAACCAAAGUUGAUUCCAACGCUUGACUGAAUCAUACUACUGUAUUAGUCAAAAGAAAUUGUGGUCAAUAGAAGACUAGAGUGUUAUGAGUGUAUGAAUGUUGUUGAACAUAUUGCAGAAGCAAGCUUAAGUAGGAGAACUUUGGUCUAAUGUCUAUAGCAUUAAGUGUAGCUAGAGAAACAAUACUCAAGACAGUUAUUAAUGUUUGUGAUGUAGUCUAUAGUCAGUCUAUAACAGACAUCAUCGUACUGGUGUAUGCAAGAGACUUAAUUCCUGCUUGCCACAGUCAGUGUUUGUCUAACGAUCCCCAAACCUUGGUGAAAUAGACCAAGUAAAGUAGCAGCACUUGCAGAGGUUCAAAAAUGACUGCACUGAUGACUGUUUAUCAAAAGACAUCUUUUGUGGCAGACAAGAAAUUUGCGGUGUGUGUCUCUGCCUGUAGUACUGCAGACCAUACAUGAAUACAUGAUGACUGCUCAUUCAAGUUAUGGUAGCCGACAAGCCACGGUGGCAGCUAAAGCUAAUCAAAUAAUGUUAACUGUUUCUACCAGCUAGGCCAAAAAUAACUUGGUUUUAAUCCAAUGUAGUGCCUUUGGCUGCUGUUUCACUUCAUACACAAAUACACUUUCCAAGAAGUACAAUCAGCAUGACAAGAAGAUGUGCCUGAAAGAGCUUAGCAACCCUGACUUUUAAGUGUACACUGAUCUACAACGUAUUGAUCAUCUUUGUUGUCCCGUAUGUAGCAUGAUUUGGUUACAUUUAUAAUUAGAUUGUCAAACUACAAAUACAUCAACUGUCUGGUUGUAUUUGCUUGUAGUUUAGGAUACAUUGUACAAACGAAAGUGUAUUUAUGUUUCAAAAUGUCGAUGCAGUCUUGUAGUUGCUGCAACAUUGCAAAUCAGUCAAUGUUGAAUGUAGUCUUUUUGUUGUUUCAAAAGCAUUGUCAGUGAGUAGGAUGGACGUAGUGUGGUUAUAUACAGUGGGAAAUGAAUGAUGCUGCAUUUUUGUGUAAAUUGAUCUAGAGGUUGCCGCUCAGGUGUCACCAUCUGCUUGAAUUUGUUUUUAGUUUAGCUUCUGACAAAUGUUGUGUGCUCACAAACUGCAAGGUUUGUCGGCGUGCAUUAUAUAAGCAAACUUCCUUCAUUAUCAAACACUCAAGUGUUAGCUGCAGGUCUGUCUGGCUCUUGAGACUCAGUGUGGUGAUAUUUGUACAUUGACGCAAUUUGAUCAGACAUUAGGCGUUUGUUGUGUACAAUGAUGUGUUGGAAUAUCAUAAUUCUUCUAGAGAAAAUGGAGUGACUUGUUCUGCUAGGCUAUAUAGACUAACUGACGCCCUCAUGACGGGUUUCAUCCUUAUAACAUUAGUGCAGUGGAUAGGUGAAACUUGAUGGGUUUAUAGGUCUGUGAUACUCUAUCUGUACCAGAAGCCUGAUUAACGUAAAUGUUGCACGCGUUGACCUGCUAGAGUUUCUUCUCUUCUGGAUGUUGAGCUAAUGAUGUAGCCAAGGGUCUUAGGAGUCAGGAUGAAAUGACUACAUGUGGUGUGAAGUGGUAUGUUAAAUAUGAAAUGAUUUGAAGGCAACUACAAGUGGUCAAAAUUUACUAGUUUGUGUUCUAGCAGGUGUGAAUACGUUGUGGGUUGGAUAAUUAGUGUAAUGAACAAAAACAGACUCGUAAGAGGUUAAUGGGUUUAGAGCAUGUUAAUUUCGGCGCGUUUUGUACUGUUCUAUGAUCCAAUUCAUUGAGGGCUGGCAAGAUGGUACUUAACCGCUCUCUUGAAUGUUUUCUCUGUCCGCUCUAAUUGACACUGCCUCACUUUCACGGUUGGUAAGGAUGAAUUCACACCAAAGGUCGGCAAAUAUGACGAUGUGUUUCUCAGACUCGGAGUCGAUUACAAGCUCACCGUCAUCUGCAGGCCAGCCAUCAUGUAACAGUGGAAAUUUUGCGUUCUCAAUCAAGACUUUGCUUCAACUUCAUGAUGAUGAUACGGACGGACAAGACAGGAGUGUUUCACCGUCAACCAUAGCUUCCAUAGACAAGAAUGCCUGCAAGGCAGAAAUUACGACAGAGACAUCAAAUGACAUGACAGGCAAACUGAAAAGAACAAGAACGACCUUCACUGCCUAUCAGCUGGAAGAGUUAGAGAGAGCUUUCCAGAAAACACACUACCCAGACAUAUUCAUGAGAGAGAAAUUGGCACGGAGAGUCAACUUAUCAGAGCCGAGAGUACAGGUUUGGUUUCAAAAUAGAAGAGCAAAAUGGAGAAAGAGUGACAAACACAGAGUGUCUCUGUACACGCACACUGCCACUGAUACUCAUCCUUAUCUCCGCAUUCCAGCUGCUCCUCUACCAGGUCAUCUUAUUCCCAUGUCCGGUCUGUUCUAUGGUCAUCAUCCAGUAGGCUACCCAUUGUGCACUGGACGACAUGUCGUUUCCACUCAAGUAUCUUCUCCUCCUCAUCAUCAUCAGCGUCGUCAUCCAGCAGUCUAUCCAGUCAAUUCCCUCAUGGAUUAUUUUCCAUCGGGUAUUUGUUUUUCUGAUUCGACGCAAGGGAUGAGUUUGGCGAGUCAAGAACUGAAAGCUCGUGAACAUGCAACAGCAAUGAGCCUAAUUCAAGUCAGAAAACUAUUCUGAUUCACUUCACACAUUGACUAUCUCAACUCUGUUGGUCUCUCCAACAUAGCUGCAAUCGAGAGCAAAUAUAGGAACUCUAAACAUAGCUGACCCCCACACCAUUGUUUUAAAUCUUAUUUUUGUGAAUGAGGCAGGCAUGCCAAGAGACUGAUUACGUUCAAUGGCAUGUCAUGGCUGAGACUUUCUUUAUUACUCUUUUGGUGGCGAAAUGUUUAAGAUAUUGAGUGCCACUUUUAGAGCAAUAUUUAUUUUACACAAAUAAUUUGAUGUCAACAGGACGAGACCAAUCAGGUUGUCUUUACCACAACUGAAUGUUGUUGAAUCAAUAAAGGCACGUC